GUUAGGUCGUCGCCGAGGUCGGGUUUGAGCUUGGUCUUGGUCUUGGGUUUGGGUUGGGACUUUGACUUCGACUUCGACUUCGACUUGGAUAUCACGGGGAGCACUGCGAGGACUGACGAUCGACGGCUGGCGACUGACGGCUGGCGAUUGACGACCCGCGGAAUCUUACCACCUGCACACAGACUCAGCGCCCGUCCAUCGCGCGCGAGAAAGAGACACACAGAGAGAAAAAUGGCAGCACAGCAGAGCCCGGAUAUGCAGGUAGCCCAGAUCCUGAGCGAUCUGAUGAGCCUGCGGGCGGGUGUUUGUGACCCCGCCGCAGCCCUGGCCCUUGUAUCCGCACGCCCCCAACCCGCGGCCCACACGCCCGACCAGUCCUCCGCACAAACCACCGCCCAACCCACCGCACAAGAGGGACAAGAAGAACAAGACCCGGACCUGCGUCGUGCAAAAGACCUCGUUGCGCUGCACUACGGCGUACGCGAGCGGUGUCGAACGGGGGCGCUGGGGAGGACGUUGGCGGGGGCGAGGGGGGAUGUUGAGCGGGCGAUGGGGGGCGCGUGA